AUGGUCUCCACCAUUCCAUCUAUCGAUCCAUUACAUCCACCAUGCUUCAUCCCCACCUACUCUCCGCAAACACCCACCUUGUCCACCAACACCCUCCUGUCGGCCGGUACUUCUGCCACCCAAGCCGACGUUGCUGCUUACAAGGCUUUCCAAUCUAGCUACCCAGACUUCUCCAGAUGGUUCAACCACAUUGCUUCUUACACCGAGCACUUUGGUUCUUUGCCUGCUGCUAAGGCUGCUGCUAAGGCUCCAGCUGCCGAGGACGACGAGGACGAGGUCGACCUUUUCGGAUCCUCUGACGAGGAGGUUGACGAGGAGGCCGAGAAGCUCAAGCAACAGAGAUUGGCUGAGUACGCUGCCAAGAAGGCCGCCAAAGGUCCAAAGCCAGCCUCCAAGUCUAUUGUCACUCUUGAGGUGAAGCCAUGGGACGACGAGACCGACCUCGAGGCCCUUUUGUCUUCCGUCAAGAGUAUUGAGAUUGAUGGUCUGACCUGGGGUGGAUCCCAAUGGAUCCCUGUUGGAUUCGGUAUCAAGAAGCUCCAAAUCAACUGUGUUGUUGAGGACGAGAAGGUUUCCAUCGACGAUCUGCAGGCCCAAAUUGAGGAGUUCGAGGACUACGUCCAAUCUACUGACGUUGCUGCUAUGCAAAAAUUGUAA